AUGCUGCCUCAUUUGUUCGGCUUCUUCCUUGGGGAGGAGUGGCAUGGCACUUUCCGGUGGAACCCGGAUGAUGGCCAGGUGAAGAUCACUCAUGUCGUCAUUCGACUGUAUGGUGCCUUGAUCUUGGGCCAAUCCUUCUUGACAUGGGCUGCAAAGCAGACCGAUGACGGCCGCGUGCGCCUUGCCGCCGUCAGAGCUUAUGCCGUUGUGUUUGGCCUGACGACGCUGGCCUUAUUGCGUGCACAGCUCACCGACUCUACCUGGCAUGUCCUCAAUUGGCUAAAUCUCCUUCUCUUUGCAUGUUUGGCGGCGUUCUAUGGCUGGUUUAGCCUGGUGCAGCCGCCAGCCGUGUUUGAGGGCCUGGGCAAAGUCACAUCCUAA